CCGGUGGGGGGUAAUCAUCAGAGCGCAAUCUACCGCAAAUAUUUCAGAGACCGGCCCUCCAUCACCGCAAUCGGAGCCUACGAUAUCAUUCUCCAUGGAAACAAGAAUAACGUUCUGUUCCGCUGUGAUAACCCUGACGGAAACUGUGCUCUUGAAGGUACCUCCUCCCCUCCAUGUACAUCUAAUCGUGGGUGGGGUGGGGUUGGCCACGGGCGCGGGGGAAAUGCGUCCGAUGAAACUGUCAUCUGUGAACUCAGCUACCAAACUCGUCGAUCGCUAAGCACGAUGUGUGCACUUACUUGGCUAUACGGUGUCCGAAUUCGAGACGUCCACCUUCUGGGCCGGUGAUCUGCUCCACCGUCUGUAUCAUAUAUGCCUGCCAUGGGGCAGGGAUUCGUGGAACAUUUCGCGGACGGGUACGAGGCAGUCCUGGAGCUUGCUGGGAGUAACAAAUCGGAGACUCGGAGAACGCUCCAGGAUUUUGCUCUGGAGAGUUACGCGUACGAUGUGGCUGUUCCUGGGGUUGGGUGUGUGGGUGAUGACCACCACCAC